UGGAUAACAAUACGUUGAUUGGAGUGGUUGCAGGUUCGGCAACUGCUGCGCUUUGCGGAUAUGCUUAUUAUCUGUACCGCGAAAAGAAGAAGAAAGAUAAUAUGCGUGAUAAACAAUGCCAAGUAUACCAGCCAACGGUAUGAGAUUUUAAAUUUAUUUUUUCUAUCAUUGUAGAUGUAUGACGAUCGAUUUGUACCCUCUAUGGAGUAUCAUUAUGUUACCAUAAGGGUUUAUAUUCACUUCAAUGCAUUUUAUAUAAUACGCUGAAGGUAGGUCUGUAGUCAACUGAAGAAGAUUGAAACAAAAGGAGCAGAAGAUGCAGGAAGAAGAUCUGAGCUUGCUUGCUAACAAUGAAAAAAGAAGUUGAAGAAAAGGCAACGACAAAACAACAGAAGAAAUCCUUUUUUACCUUGCUUAUUCUUUUUGUCUUGUUAUCAAAUGAUUUGUCUUCUUUCCUAUUACUUCAAUAAUCUGUAAAAAUUGUUUAUGCAAUUAAUUUAAACUGUAACUUAUUUGAAAAUGUAAUCUUACUUUUCGGUUGCUUUGAGACUGAAAAGACAAUAUCGAAUUUAGUUUUCAACACAAAUGUCUUUGAAGCUCAUUCCAAUCAACCGAAAGACCUUUUGAAUCCCACCCCUGUCACCUUUACCCCUCUUUUGAUCAUUGAAAUCUUGAAUUAAAUCUCUAACAGUAACUGAUCUUAGAAUUUGAUAGCCAUUUUGAUAUGGCUGUACUUUAGGGAAAGGAAAACAUGGUAUGAUGUCGAUUUUUUAAUACAGAAACGUCAUACUGGUACCCAGUGUCGUCGCAUCAUCACCUUAAACAAAGAGGUACAAUGUCGUCCAUUGAAGCUUGAUAAGAGAGUACAAUUUAGAUUGCCAAUGGUUUCAACUGCCACACAAGCUGAUAUGGACUACGAGGCUCAAGGCAUGAAAGAUGCCUCUUGUCAUGUCUCUCUGCAAGAGCUCGGUGUCAUGAAGUCAACGGCUUCCCAGACAGAAGGAGCAGAUACCCAUGCAACAUCACUUGACCAGAUUGCAUCGUCUGAGAGCUUAAAGAGCUGUAAAAGCGAUGUUUUCUACGAUGCACGAGAAAGUCGAACUCAAAGCCAAGAAGAGGUUUUAAAUUACGAAGAAGUAGUUCCAAGAUCAUCAUCAAUUAUGGGACACUUGAAGUACAUGAUGGGACCUUUUCAGUCGUUUGUAGAAGCCAACAGCCAGAAUGCAAAGAAAGCUAAGACAGAAGACAGAACUGAAGAAGGAUCAGAUAUGGUGCUGUCAAGAUCGCAGAGAUCUUCUAUUCGAAGCGAAGCUUCUCUUGAAGAUGUUAUCGAAUGCGAUUCUGAUCACCCCGCAACUCCAUUUUGAAUACAAUAUGGAGUUGCUGCGCUAUUAUGGACGCUUGUUUGUAGUUAUAAAUUUAAUUAUAUUUAAGAUAAAAAGUUUUGUUUUGUGUUGAAAUAGGCCCAGCCCCGGGAAGUUUCUGGGGAUCUCUAAUGCAAAAAGAAGGUUUGAAAUUACAACCUCUCCCUCACUCCCCCUCCCUAUGUUACACAACCCUUGCUGUUACUCUUUCCCAGUUGCAUACUGGUUCUCCUUUAACACAAAGCCCUAUGGGAGCAGCCCUAUUCAAGGUCCCCUUAUGUUCUUGUUAUCGCUUCUCUUCUAAGCAUGACGUCUCUCUGCGGCCUGCUUGGAUUCCAGGCUGGUCGCAGUAGAUGAGGGCGCUUUUAAGAGAAGCUGAAGACGGCUCAUUUGCCUGCCUUGGGUAGUGUCUCUUCUAUUCUAUCGACCCUCUUUUCUUUCAUGGUUUCAAGUAUUUCUUUUUUCAUUGGAGAUCCUUGGCAGCUUCCCGUGCUUUGUUUUUUAUCGAUAUACAAAGCAACUUUUGAAGUUUUUCUGCUUCUCGUCUUCACAGCAGCUAGAUUCUUGCUCCAGCUCUCAACUGUUGUCAUAAGAAGAAGAGACAGUUUUUUCUAUCCAUAGCCUACCAAAAAUCAGUGACUUCUAAGCCCUUUGCCGUAUUUUUUGCUAGAAAAACUCAAGGAAAAUAGGCAAAAAAGCAAAGUUGUUAUUAAAUUUUUCUCUGUGCAUUAUGCAAAAGAUUGGAUCAUUGCUAGCUAAGGAAUUCACGUUUAUUCUCUCACAAAUACAUAGGCUCGUUAGGCUUUAGACAGCUGCCUUUUCUCAAUUUUUCAGUAGCAGAUACAACUCUAGAAGAACCAAGAAGAAAAUUAUAGAUUUGUUUACCAGGAAAUAAACAGAACUUUACCAAUCGAGAAGUUGUGGAACUCGAAAUUGGUUUGCAAGCAAUAAUUAUGACAGCAGAAAGAAACUAUGAUGUGACAUUAAGACUCCAAGUUAAUUCUGCAAUUUAAGAACCAUAAAACAGGCCUAAAACAAAGGUUAAAUGAGGAAAAAAUAAAAAUAUCAGUUGUAUUGUGGAAUGAUUUUGGUCUUUGCAACGAAACACUGUUUAUAGAUAAUUGUCCGUUUUCCCAAUGUUUGUAACUCGGUAUUUUCGUUCAAGUAGAGUGGAAUCCUCUGUUUCUAAUGCUUGCGAUUCUAAACAAACUACUAUUCCCCCACGGAGUGUGUUUUGUGCAUGUGCACGAAAAUUCUCAAGUAAGACAAACCAUCUGCAACAUAUUGCUUUAUAAUUGUCCCAGGGGAGCAGCAAAUACCCAUAAUACACUGCUCCUUUGAUAUUUACGCGGGAAAUGUUUCAACGCAAGGAAUGUCAGUUGCAUGGCUUCCACCGAAGUGUAUUUUAUUAUCGAAAUACCUGCAGAUUUGUUUUGCUGCUUUUACGAUGCUGAGUUUACUAAAAUGGUUACCCGAGGCUGCCUUGCAAGUAUAACUAGACGUAAGUAGAUUCAUUAGAUAUAUUUUCUUGCUUCGUGCAUGUUUGGAGCUUGCUUCGAUGAGUUUAAAAGCACCUUGCCUGACGCAAAGAAAUGAUUUUGUUUAUCACUGCGCUGUGGACUAAAAUGAGGUAAUUACUGUGUUUGAGAUAUUUGAACGGCCAAAGAUAUUUGAAAAGCAUUUGAAAAUAUAAA